AAGUCACUCUCUCCAUUAUCCAUUUACAGGAAAGCAUGGCAAUGGCGGUGGCAUUCACUUGUGUCUCGCAAUUAUCUGCGAACAUUUCUUCUUCAUCUACCCAUCAAUGUCAACCUCUUGCUAAUAAGACCUCUCGCAUAGUUUCUCAACUAAACCCAGAAAGGCAAGACCGGUUUCCGGGAAGAUUGUUUCGACAAAAAUUUGAUGCGGAAUCAAACGAUUGGAAGCUGUUUGUUUCGACUGCAUUGGCAGCUGCAGUUAUUAGCUUUGGCUCUGGCAUGCCUGCUGUGGCCGAUCUCAAUAAGUACGAAGCAGAAACAAGGGGUGAGUUUGGAAUUGGAUCAGCUGCACAAUUCGGUUCUGCAGAUCUCAGGAAAGCAGUUCAUGUGAAUGAAAAUUUCAGGAGAGCCAAUUUCACAUCUGCAGAUAUGAGGGAAUCUGAUUUCAGUGGUUCAACAUUCAAUGGUGCAUACCUGGAGAAAGCAGUGGCAUACAAGGCAAAUUUUUCAGGUGCCGAUUUAAGUGACACAUUGAUGGAUCGCAUGGUUCUUAAUGAGGCUAAUCUCACAAAUGCCGUGCUUGUUAGAACGGUCCUCACACGAAGUGAUCUUGGGGGCGCACUUAUUGAAGGUGCAGAUUUUAGUGAUGCUGUCAUAGACCUACUCCAGAAGCAGGCACUCUGCAAAUAUGCAAGUGGCACAAAUCCUGUUACAGGAGUUAGCACCAGAACAAGCUUGGGUUGCGGAAACAGGACACGUAAUGCUUAUGGUAGUCCAUCAUCUCCUCUUCUAAGUGCUCCACCGCCAAAAAUGCUUGAUCGCGAUGGUUACUGUGAUGAAGGCUCUGGUCUAUGCGACGCAAAAUAGUUACAACGUACAUAAAUUUUAGUGACUGGCAACACAAAUCUGUUCAUAGAGAUGCAUCUGUUAUGAACUAUUAAAGUUCAAACCAGAAGAAGCAAAAGGAUUGUUAAACCUUUUUUAUAAGAGAACUGGCAACAACAAACGUUACAUUGUUCAUAUUAUGUUUUGACAAUGUGCUAUCUUCUCCUAGAGGGAGAGCAAUAUAUUAUAAUGAGCUUGUUUUCUGCCACCA